AUCUCGCGAUGUUUAGUCAAUCAACGGGACUCUUGUGGGAAAAGCCGGCAGGGUUCGCGUGGUGCGCCCCCGUCCUGCACGCACUUCGCAGCCGCAGGUCUUUUUAACCAGUGAGAAGUUCGUUAAACCCGAAGAACCGGGUCAAAUAGUGUGAAAGAGGCGCCGGAGGACCGCAGGGGAGGAUGUCGGAGGCGGAGAGGAGCGGCGCAGCGCCGGAGCAGGAGCCCGAGCGCCGGAUGGAGGAUGAGCUCGGAGAGGAUGACAUGUCUGAUCCUGAAGAUGGAGGGGAGGAGGGAGCAUCGACCCCUAAACCAGUUGAAAAAAAGGAGCUCUUCCCACUCCCGGGCUAUGAGGAGAAGAUGCAAGCUGACCGCAGCAACCGUUUUGAGUACCUGCUGAAGCAGACAGAACUGUUUGCGCAUUUCAUCCAGCCGGCUGCACAGAAAACACCGACCUCACCGCUCAAGAUGAAACCCGGGCGCCCGAGAAUCAAGAAGGACGAGAAACAGAAUCUGCUGUCGGCUGGGGACAACCGGCACCGUCGCACGGAGCAGGAGGAGGAUGAGGAGCUCCUGAGCGAGAGCAGCAAGGCCACCAAUGUGUGCACCCGUUUUGACGAGUCGCCCACCUAUGUGAAAGGUGGGAAGCUGAGAGACUAUCAGAUCCGUGGGCUGAAUUGGCUCAUUUCACUCUACGAAAAUGGUAUCAACGGUAUCCUUGCAGAUGAGAUGGGUCUUGGGAAGACUUUGCAGACCAUCUCCCUUCUCGGUUACAUGAAACACUACCGAAACAUUCCUGGUCCUCACAUGGUGCUUGUGCCCAAGUCCACAUUGUACAACUGGAUGAAUGAGUUCAAUCGCUGGGUGCCAUCCAUUAAAGCGGUUUGCCUCAUCGGUGACAAGGACGAAAGGACUGCAUUCAUCCGAGAUAUUCUCCUGCCGGGUGAGUGGGAUGUUUGCGUGACUUCCUAUGAGAUGCUGAUCAAAGAGAGAGCUGUCUUCAAGAGGUUCAACUGGAGGUACUUGGUUAUCGAUGAAGCUCACAGGAUCAAAAAUGAGAAGUCAAAGCUUUCGGAGAUAGUCCGUGAGUUCAAAACAACAAAUCGCCUCCUGCUAACUGGGACACCUCUGCAGAACAACCUCCAUGAGCUCUGGGCUCUGCUCAACUUCCUUCUACCUGAUGUCUUCAACUCCUCAGAAGAUUUUGAUGCUUGGUUUGAUACCAACAACUGCCUUGGGGAUCAGAAACUAGUUGAACGUUUGCAUAUUGUGUUGCGUCCUUUCCUCCUGCGACGUAUAAAAGCUGAUGUGGAGAAGUCCCUGCUGCCCAAGAAGGAGGUGAAAAUAUAUGUGGGGCUCAGCAAGAUGCAAAGAGAAUGGUACACCAAGAUUUUGAUGAAGGACAUCGACAUUCUGAACUCGGCAGGAAAGAUGGAUAAAAUGCGUCUGCUGAAUGUCCUGAUGCAGCUGCGCAAGUGCUGCAACCACCCAUACCUGUUUGAUGGUGCUGAGCCAGGACCCCCAUAUACUACAGACCUGCACCUGGUGGUCAACGGUGGCAAGAUGGUUGUGCUUGAUAAGCUGCUGCCCAAGCUGAAGGAGCAAGGUUCCCGUGUGCUGGUCUUCAGCCAGAUGACCAGGAUGCUAGACAUUCUGGAGGACUACUGCAUGUGGAGGAACUAUGGCUACUGCCGGCUUGACGGGCAGACCCCCCAUGAAGAGCGCCAGAAAUCAAUCAAUGUGUACAACGAGCCCAACAGCUCCAAGUUCAUCUUCAUGCUGAGCACACGUGCUGGAGGCCUGGGCAUUAACCUUGCUACUGCUGACGUUGUCAUCAUUUAUGACUCAGACUGGAAUCCUCAAGUUGACUUGCAAGCUAUGGACCGUGCACACAGGAUUGGCCAGAAGAAGCAGGUGCGCGUCUUCCGUUUCAUCACAGAGAACACAGUGGAGGAGAGAAUUGUGGAGAGAGCAGAGAUGAAGCUCCGCCUUGACUCCAUUGUCAUCCAGCAAGGAAGAUUGGUGGACCAGAACCUGAACAAGCUUGGGAAAGAUGAGAUGCUGUCAAUCAUCCGACACGGUGCCACACACGUGUUCGCUUCCAAGGAAAGCGAGAUCACAGACGAGGACAUCGAUGCCAUUCUGGAGAGAGGAGAGAAGAAGACCUUGGAGCUGAAGGAAAAGAUGUCCAAACUGGGCGAGAGCUCCCUGAGAAAUUUCACUGUGGAAAACGAAAGCAGCGUGUACAACUUUGAAGGAGAAGACUACAGAGAGAAGAAAAAGAUUGUCACCGAGUGGAUCGAGCCCCCCAAACGAGAGCGCAAGGCUAACUACGCCGUGGAUGCGUACUUCCGGGAAGCCCUCCGAGUCAGCGAGCCCAAGGCGCCCAAGGCUCCGCGACCCCCUAAACAGCCGAAUGUCCAAGACUUCCAGUUCUUCCCACCUCGACUUUUUGAGCUGCUGGAAAAGGAGAUCCUGUACUACAGGAAAACAAUUGGCUACAAGGUCCCUCGUAACCCCGACGUCCCCAACUCUGCUCAGGUGCAGAAGGAGGAGCAGGCAAAGAUCGAUGAGGCUGAGCCACUCACCGAGGAAGAGCUGGAGGAGAAGGAGCACCUACUGUCGCAGGGUUUCACAAUUUGGAACAAGCGAGAUUUCAACCAGUUCAUCAAAGCCAACGAGAAGUGGGGCAGGGACGACAUCGAGAACAUUGCUCGAGAAGUUGAGGGCAAAACUCCAGAGGAAGUUAUGGAAUAUUCUGCGGUGUUCUGGGAGAGGUGCAACGAACUCCAGGACAUCGAGAAGAUCAUGGCCCAGAUCGAGAGGGGAGAGGCCAGGAUACAGAGAAGGAUCAGUAUAAAGAAAGCGCUUGACACAAAGAUUGGCCGUUACAAGGCCCCCUUCCACCAGCUGAGGAUCUCCUAUGGCACCAACAAGGGAAAGAACUACACGGAGGAGGAGGACCGCUUCCUUAUCUGCAUGCUGCACAAGCUGGGCUUCGACAAGGAGAGCGUCUACGAUGAGCUGAGGCAGUGCAUCCGCAACUCGCCGCAGUUUCGCUUCGACUGGUUCCUCAAGUCUAGGACUGCCAUGGAACUGCAGAGACGAUGCAACACGCUGAUCACGCUCAUAGAGCGAGAAAACAUGGAGCUGGAGGAGAAGGAGAAGGCUGAGAAGAAGAAGAGGGGUCCUCGACCAUCAUCGAGCCAGAAGCGCAAAGCAGACGGGACAGCAGAUGGGCGAGGGCGACGCAAGAAGUUGAAGUUGUGAAGACGAUUCCAGUGGAAUUCCUCCGGCGAUGCAGGGACUCCAGCGAAACAGUAGUGUUGUGCGAUUUAUUUUACGGGUCUUAAUGAUGUACUGUACUGACCUCGGCCUCUUGGUUAUGUGACGUGCUAGAAAGGAUCUGUCCCAUAGUGAUGUAGGAGUUGCUGCAGCAGCGCUGGACUUGUGCUUUUCUCCCAGGCCAUUAGCAAUGGUUGUGAUUUAUUUAUGCCUUUAGGUUAAGUACUGUACUUCAUUACCUAAACUUUUUUUUUUCUCUUCUUCAAAGAAUGUUCCUUAUUUUAACUUUUGGUUUAGAACACAACACCAACAAAUUUUGUUUUUUUGUAAAGUUGUUUUGUAAUAAAAAUGUCAAUUUAGGGCAUUAUGAUAUUGU